AUGGCAACGGCACCACGGCACACCCAGCCGCUUCCCCCCAGAAACCAGCUGCCUGCUCAAACCGGUUCCUCUGGCAGCCUUCUUGCGGCCAUCGCUGCCACCAGCACACGCAACACCCGCUUUUCGCAGCAUCUGGGUGACUAUGAGCUCAAAGAGACGCUUGGGCGGGGCGGAUUUGCUGUCGUCCGCAGAGCCCAGAGCCUGAGCGCUGGAUCGUUCGGCGUCCAAGUCGCCAUCAAGAUGAUCGAUAAACGUUUGAUGCACCAAGCCAACAUGACGAAGCGAGUCGUGAACGAGGUGCAUAUCCACUGCCAGCUCAAGCAUCCCUCGAUUCUGCAGCUCCUCACAUUCUUCGAAGACGACCGCCACGUCUAUCUCGUCAUGGAGCUCUGUGAAAACGGAGAGCUGUACCGCUACCUCCAGAAACGCAAGUCCCUUUCCGAGGCCGAGACUCGCGGCGUCAUGGUUCAGAUCAUCAGCGGCCUCGAGUAUCUGCACAGCAACCGGAUUGUCCAUCGCGAUCUCAAACUGUCGAAUCUGCUGCUGACCCGGAACUAUGAAAUCAAAAUCGCAGACUUUGGCCUCGCCGCCAAACUUGCACACCACGACGGAGAGCAGCAGACCAUGUGCGGGACGCCAAACUACAUCUCGCCGGAAAUCGUCUCAUGCGAGCCGCACGGACUGCCAUCGGAUGUGUGGUCGCUGGGCUGUCUUAUGGCAACGAUUCUGACUGGCAAGCCCCCAUUUGAGAGCAAAGCUGUCCGGGACACUCUCGACCGAGUCACUCGCGCCGAGUACAGUCUUCCCGACACGCUCUCAAGCGACGCCGCAGACCUGAUCCACCGAAUGCUGCAAAAAGAACCGUACAAGCGCAUCUCGCUCUCAGAAGCCAUGCGGCACUCGUUCUUCGCACCAAAGUCUGGAAAGACAGUCCCUCUUGGGCCGCCGGACUUGCCCUAUUCCGAAGAUGCGCAUGUAGUCGUCGAUGAACAUGCAGCCCGUCAAUCAUCCCGCAAUAUCGAGCCGCGCAUCACAAAGUCCCGCAGAGCAGAUGAGGAAGCUUUGCCAGAGACACAACUUGCGUGUGAGUAUCCCCGCAUGCUCCUUUGGGCAACUCGCCGAGACAUUGUCACUGGGUGA